AUUACAGCUGGAUAACAUCUUAACUGUAUCAUAUAAAAAGGCUUCGUUAUCACUUCUGAGGUCUUUCUUUACUUGCGGUUACACCUCGGUAAGAGCCAAGUUUUUUCUGCACAUUUUGAAAUGCUUUUUCAAUUUGGGUUCUGCGUUUGGAUUGCUGCUGGAUUUCUAAAUGCAACGCCCUUGAAAAUGCUAAACCUUCAAACAGAGUCUUAUGCCGAAGGAACAAAGUGGGAUGUUAAAAAAGCAAGUGGCGAGUCUGUUACUGAUMAAAUCUCUGUUAUAAAUUCAGAACUAGGCCUGGAUCUAUUCGAGGGGGAUAUCAUGUUGAUKGACAUAGAUAAAGAUAAAGUCGACAUGACAGACGAAGGUGACGUGGAUGGAGACUCGUCACGCAAUCGUUACCAGAGGAAUGUGAUGCGUGACAAGCAGGCACUGUGGUCGAACAGGGAAGUACCAUACGAGUUUGACUCAAGCAUACCAGUGUCAUAUCACAGUACGGUCAUGGCGGCCAUAGACGAGUUUCAUCUCAAGACUUGUUUGAAGUUUAGACCAAGAACCAACCAGUCAAACUGGAUUGUCUUUAUUCAUAAAGAGGGUUGCUGGUCAACCGUCGGUAGAAAGUAUUGGCGCGUAAAUUACGGACAGGAAUUGUCCCUCGGUCCUUCCUGUAACAACAUGGAAACGGUAAUACACGAGUUAAUGCAUGCUAUUGGUUUCUGGCAUGAACACAGCAGAACCSACAGGAACCAAUAUGUGGAGGUGCUGUGGGAGAACAUCAUUGAAGAGAAGGCACACAAUUUCAAUAAAUACAAGCACGAUAUGGUAGACGGUCUUCAAGUACCUUACGACUACGACAGCAUCAUGCAUUAUGGAAGAAAACAGUUCUCAAAGAACGGAAAAGACACGAUAAGGGYCCUUCACGACCCAAACAGGCCGCUGGGAACCACACAGGGGUUUUCACCGACUGAUCUUCAUGAGAUUAAUUCCAUGUAUGACUGCAAAAACACUGCUAAACCUGGAUGGAGCCCGUGGUCUAGUUUUGGACCGUGUAGCCUCGAUUGUAAGAAGCAGCGCCAGCGAUACUGCUUCUCUGACAAUCCAGCGGUUGAUUGUCCUGGCAACCAUCCUUACAACGUGGAAACUGAGACAGUGGUUUGUAACAAUACGGAAUGUUAUGCACCAGUCGAUGGUCACUGGGGCAGAUGGUCUUCUUGGAGUAACUGCACCUCGUGUGGCCCUGGGUACCAGACGAGAACAAGACAAUGUGAUGACCCUCUUCCCAAAAAUGGCGGUUCAAAUUGUACGGGCAACUCGACUCAGUCCCACUCGUGUUAUCUCAGACGGUGUGGGCUUGGUCCCGAUGAUUGUGAGUUUGAUUUUGAUGGAUUUUGUUUCUGGAAAAAUGAACAAARCAAUGUUUACACCUUUGACUGGCUGCGUGGGACUGGGGCGACACCGAGUAAAAAUACUGGACCAACCGCUGACCACACUACUGGAACAGGUCAUUACUUGUAUAUCGAGUCUUCCAGUCCUGCUCAACCUGGAUACAAGGCGAGGAUCAUAAGCAAGACUUUCCCGCCAACAUCUGGUCGUUGUCUAUCGUUUUGGUAUCAUAUGCGGGGCUCGUCCAUCGGUGAAUUGAAUGUCUAUUCUCAAACCAACGGGGGUGGGCUGCGUAAACUGUGGACUAGAGUCGGUGAGCAGGGAACCACUUGGAAACUGGCGCAGGUGUCGCUGUUCAUUGACUCGAAUUACGAGUUGAUCAUUGAAGGAGUUCGAGGAAAGAGUUUUAACGGCGAUAUUGCACUAGAUGACGUAAAGUUCCAGGAACACCCAUGCAUGGAAUCUCUUGGUUGUUUUCUGGACGGAUCUCCACACGCCAUUCCUGAGCUCCUCAAGAACUUGAGGCCAGAUAUCGAUUGGUUUAACAUGAAUAAGACGAUUAACGAAUGCGCAAGACUGACUCAUCUCAAAGGUUACAAGAUUUUUGGCAUUCAGUUCUACGGCGAGUGCUGGAGCGGUGACAUGUCACAAGUACAGUACGACAAAUAUGGCGUCGCGCCUGAUUCGAAGUGUUGGUCAGGUGUUGGUGGACCUGCAGCUUACUAUGUUUACCGUAUGCCKUAAGAAACAAGAUACCCAUACGCCCAAUGAACUGAUUAAAUAUUAUAUACAAAUACCAUAUAACAUACACCACACUCCUACAACAUGUGAAUUAUAGGAUAUGACCUAACAUAUAUUAUAUUAUGCAUUACCUGAAGGAUAUACCAUGAAAUAAAGAAAUAAAUUUGUUUUCUUGAA